AUGGAUCCCGGGAGAUCGCCGGGUCGGUUCCUGCUGCAGCCUGUUCCGUCGGUACAAGCCCUCAACUUGACAUCCAGAUUAGGUGGCUCUAUUUCGCCAGAGAACCCCUACAGCUUUGACGAUGAGAUUACCGACUUCAGUCCUAGCCUGCAGGACUCGGGCAUUAUACGCAACAACAGGGUUAGCUCUGACCUACAAAAUCCUGGGGUAGGGAGAACUUCACUAGGGGUCAAUCGAAGCAGAAGGGGUGGCAGAAGUAAAAGCCAAAGAACCAAAGUCAGCAGAGCAUGCGACGCUUGCAAACAAAAGAGGACACGUUGCUCGGGAGACCAACCUUGUGCGCGUUGCAGACACCUGGGCAUUUCCUGCGACUACUUCGCUGUUUACACUAGGGGUCGCCUGCCCACUGUACCAACUUCUUCGGCAGCUGCCCAGAGCGAGGCCCGCCUCAGUCCACGGCGUGGAUUAAAUAAUAUCACCUCCGUACUGAAUCAAGGCUCUCUUGUGACACAGAUCGAUCAUCUUGCGGACAAAUCUGAUGGGCGCUCUGGACACACAGCACAUGUCUCAUCACGAAACUCGCCAGUCCCAAGUGCGAAUAUUGGCGGCCAAUAUCAUGGACCCUCAUCUCCGAUCACUUUUUUGGAAAGAGCCUGGAAGCGGCUCAGGGAGAAUCACGCCUCAAGUACAUCGAGGGCGCUGGAUAAGGAGACGUCCGCCGAAAGGUCUAUCUUAGUGACGGAUGACGGUUGCGAGUUGCGUCUCUCAGACGAGGCCUUCCACAUGCCCUCUAAAUCUCAUGCAUAUGAGUUAGUCGGCAGAUAUUUUGAACUCUCCACUCCUUUCUUUCAAUUCCUCCACCGUGGCACAGUGGCGGCUUUUGUCGAAGCACUUUACCAUCAAUCAAGCGAGCACCGAACUGGUCAAGAAGCUAUAUCUCAAGGCCAGCUCACACUCUUGCUCAUGAUUUUUGCGGUCGCCACUUUUGAUAAGGGCGAAGAUAUUGCGUCCGAGGAGUCCUUGAACUAUAGGCAAAGUUCCGGUGAAUUUUUCCUUGAAGCUGCGCAACGACGUUUACAAAGAGAACGUGGAGCACCAACUCUUGAUUCAGUUCAGGCAAGGCUUGUUGAAUGUCUCCAUCUGUUAUCAACCCGAUACGCGAAUGAAGUCUACUCGAAGUUCGGAACCACAGUGGCAUUGAUCAUCACCCUAGGUCUCCAUCGUCGCAAGCGCCCCGGAGGCUACCGAUCGGAAAUGGGAGCUGUUGAGCACGAAUGCCGCAAACGUACCUUCUGGGCUGCCUAUGUUCUAGAUAGGUAUCUAAGCGUCAUGGGUGGCCGGCCGCGGAAUCUCCAAGAUUUCGACACUGAUCAGGACUUUCCGGCAAGAGUACACGACGAUGAAUUAACCUCCGAAAGCAUAAAAUCCCGAGAUGAUCAGUUCGACUGUGAGAUGGACGCUCCAAUUAUGCAUAUCAAACUUGCCCGAAUCAGUGCCCAAAGCUCUGCUCAGGUCUACCCUCUAAGGCGAAUAAGUCAAGACGAAAGGCUCUUACAAGCCCAGCAAAUCACUGCGGACCUUGCAGCAUGGAAAGCACAGCUGCCGCUGUUCCUUGGAAUGAUCCCCGCCUCAAGCCUCAUCCCUAAGUUUCAACGACAAUCCGUGACUUUACGUCUCGCACAUGCCCACGCGGUUAUUCACGCCAACAGACCGUUCCUCUUGAGCAAUUUUGCAAAUCCAUCGAAUCCAACUGAUUUACCACAACAGGGCGUCAGCUACAUUCACGACUGUGUCACCGCAGCUCGCAGCAUUGUCGAUAUUCUGGAAAACUUCGAUGGCAACGGCAUACCUUUCCAUGCCUGGUGGUUCACCCAGUACGUCUCUUUCUGUGCCGUAGCAGUCAUCUAUAUCUACACAAUUCAACAACACCAGAAGGUGAUCUCGACGCCAACAGCCCUUGUUUCGAAUAAGACAUCCUGUCGAACAUCAUUUCAAGCCUCGAGCAAAGAGAGAGAUUAUUUUGCGAUCGCAGAGCACUGCCAGGAGAGGCUUGCAGCGGCUGCCAGAGAUAAUUCACCGGGGAAACGGUAUGCUAUCGUUUUGGAGGAGUUACGGCAGGAAACCUGCCGGCACCUUUCGACAUCAAGGUCGCCGUAUGGCGAAGAUGUGGAUACUGCUUCACGCAGAAUAGAACAAUCUUCUCAAGUAUCCGGCAUGCACGAUAGUUGGAUGGCCGAAACCGACACAGAUUUCACGCAUAUCUUUGAUGAUCUAGGCACGAUGGAUUGGGUUGCACAUUUGCACCACAUGGUAAGCCCUUCGGCUUUUGCAUUAUAUUGCGUGGAGAACUAA